GUCGAGCGUGAAAUUGGAAACACAAGUUCAUUACAUAAGCUGUUAUGUAAAGUAAAUACAAGUAAAUAUUCUUUAAAAAUUUUCCUGUAUUAAAAGAGAACAAACCACGUCAAAGAUAAAUCUUUCUUCUGAGAUGGUUGCCUGUGUAUUUUCAUGUGCCACUCGAAACUUUUUUAGCAGAAGUGCUUUCUGCCACUCCUUGAAAUAUUUUCAGUGUACUGCUAGUUUUUCAUCGAAUGCUACCGUAAAUCCCAGAGAAAUUGAAAAAUUUACUACUAAAGCAAAUGAAUGGUGGGAUAAAGAACUUGUACUGCUUCAUUCUAUGAACUCGGUCCGAGUUCCCUUUAUUCGGGAUGGUCUCCUUUCAAUGUCUGGGAUGCCAAAGAAAACAGCCCAUCCCUUGAAAGGUUAUUCCAUUAUUGAUGUAGGUUGUGGCGGUGGAAUUCUAUCUGAACCUCUUGCCAGAUUGGGUGCAAACGUUACAGGUCUUGAUCCUGGACACCAAAAUAUCGAGAAAGCUAUUGAACAUGCAUCACUUGAUGAGAAACUGAAAGACAAACUAACUUAUGUGUGUGAUACUGUUGAAAACCAUAUUUCUUCACCAUCUAAAUAUGAUGCAGUAGUUUGUAGUGAAGUAGUAGAACAUGUGGAUAACCUUGAAAUGUUCGUUUCACAUUGUGUUGAAAUAACGAAAGAUGGGGGCUCAUUGUUUUUUACUACAAUUAAUCGGACUGCUCUGUCAUAUUUGCUCUCAAUAGUAUUUGGUGAAUAUAUUACAGGUUUAAUACCUAGGGGAACUCAUGAUUGGAAUAAAUUUGUACAACCAAAAGAAUUAUGUCACAUUUUGGAAUCUCUUAAUUGCCGUGUUGUGUCAGUUCAAGGAUUUAUGUAUAAUCCUGUUACAAAAAGCUUUGGGUGGUGUCCUAAUACUAGUAAUUCUUAUGCAUUACAUGCUGUAAAGUAGUUCCUUAACAGUGUCUAGCUUACAAAAUGUGUUGAGGCGUUAGUUAACGUAAGUUUAGAAAUUGUUUAGCUGCUUGCAUUACAGCAAUGCCUGUAUAGCAUUUUUCUACAUUAUAUAGUAAAAGAAAACUAUUUACUUCUCCUUUUCAGUCAAUAUUCAAACAAUGAAAUAGUUUGUUUCAAGAAGGAAAUAACUUAAUUAUGCAGAGUGGUGACAGAUCAUCAGGGAAAAGUCAGGGAACUUUAUUAAUCAGGGAAAUGUCAGGGAAUUUUGAAAAAAUAACAAAAAAUCAGGGAAAAUUGAUUUUAUGAAGAAAUUUUUUUUUUUUGCUUUACAAAAUUAAGUACUCUAAUUCUCUACGCAUUUUCCGCCAAUUAGCUGUUCAAAAAAAAAAAAAAGUAAAAUUAAUGAGGUGCGAUUAUACACUGCCGCAUAUUUGUGCAUCUUUUUUCCUCAACGUCAAAGUAUUGAACCUUACUUAUUAACCACAGGAUGAACUUCCUAAGAUUGCUUCUGUGUCUGUUAGGUUGUUUAUUUUACCUAGCUUGAAAUUUCCCUUUACGCUUUCAAUGCUACGUAAAAUAAACAACAACACAGGCAAAGAGGAAGCCUUCAUUAAUGCCUUAGCUCCUUUGCCUUUAUUCCAUUGUCUCGAAGUAAUUAGCGUACUGUAAUCACGACUUCAAGAAGAAAUCUUUGGUUUUUGAAGUAAUGCUAUAAAAGCUUAAAAGUUAUUACUUAGUGUUUUUAAUUUAAUUGCUAAAAUUGAGCUUUCAAUUAAAAAUAACUUUGUUUUUUGCCGUUAUACUAUUUGUUGUCACCGCAGAUUAUAAAGAUUUUCUUUUCUUCAGACUUAAGAGUGAUUCUUUAAUUUUAUAACCAAGUUGUAUUCUUCUUUUAUAUAUUUUGAAAUUAACUAAUUGCUUUUUUUUCUUGCAUUUCAAAGUUGUUUGAUACAAAAGCAAUCUAAGAUUUUUUUUCGUUACGUACUGAAAUCAUUUGAAAUAGAGUUAACUUGUGUACUUAAGUAAAUAUCUUUAUUUUUUAAUUGUUGAAAUGCUGUAUUCAUUCAUUAAAACCUAUGUUCUUGAUUAGAGAAAAGCUCCCUAUGAAUGGAUGUCAAAUGGUUUCAUCUGUUUUGCAUAAAUAUGUCAAUUAGUUAUAUAAGAAUAACUACAUUACUUCUGUUCUUUCACUAUUACUUGUUAUUCUUACAACAAUUAUUAUACUGUUUUAAAACUUAGUUCAAAAUAAUUUCAAUUACUUUUUAGUUCUAUCAUAAAUACACAUAUGUUUUUAAGAGUAAUUGUAAUAGUUUUUUUAAAAUUCUUAUUCUAAGUGGUUUCUCGAAGUAAAGUAUUUUUUUUUUUAAAUUUUCUAUAAUCUUUCCAUUGUAGAAAAAUUUAAUAUAGUGUUUUGUAGGUUUUUUUCCCAAAAAAUAACUUGAUAUGUUUUUUUAACAAUUUUAUUUAAAAGUAGCAUUUUUUAAAAAUAUAUCUUUAGUUCAACAACUUUACACAACUUAAAAGUUUAAAAUACUGCAUUUUAUACAGAUAUACAAUGGAUUUCAAGUAGAGCAAAGAAAGAAAACCAUUAUCAUUGGUAACGUAAAUCAGGGAAAUUUGCUGAACUUAAUCAGGGAAAAGUCAGGGAACUUUUUUUCACAGUUCCUGUCGCCACCCUGUUAUGGGUGAUGAUUAUAAAUUGUAUUAUACAUUAAUCAUUUCCUAUGUUUAUCUAAUUAAUAGCUGACAUAUAUUAGAAAAAAAGGCAUCCACAUUAUAUUUUGCUUUACAAUUAAUUUUCUUUUUUUAAUCUUUUGUCUGCAGCUUUGGUGAUGUUUGUUGAAAAAUUCUUUCUGCCAAAUUGAUCAUUAAUAAAUAGGAUUUAUAAAUUUUUUCUUCCUGUCAUGAUAAUUGUACUUGCAUGUGCAUUUUUUGUUUCACGUGGAAAAAAUUAUACAAUGGCUGUAUAGUAGUAGAAAUAUGCAUAUGCAAUCAGACUAUUGAUUGCUUACAUCACUGAUAUGGAUUUUAAUUUUUUUUUUCUUGUUUUUACCAAUCACUUGUUUCAAUUUUUCCUUUAAAUUAAUUCUGAUUAUCUCAGUAUUAUCAACUUGUUUGUGAUUUAAAAUAUAAUCAAUAAAAUAGUUUAAAAUAUUCA